AUACAAGAAUCCAAGUGAACGACAAUACAAGAAUCCAAGUGAACCACAAUACAAGAAUCCAAGUGAACCACAAAACAAGAAUCCAAGUGAACCACAAUACAAGAAUCCAAGUGAACCACAAUACAAGAAUCCAAGUGAACCACAAUACAAGAAUCCAAGUGAACCACAAUACAAGAAUCCAAGUGAAAACCACAAUACAAGAAUCCAAGUGAACCACAAAACAAGAAUCCAAGUGAACCACAAUACAAGAAUCCAAGUGAACCACAAUACAAGAAUCCAAGUGAACCACAAAACAAGAAUCCAAGUGAACCACAAAACAAGAAUCUAAGUGAACCACAAUACAAGAAUCCAAGUGAACCACAAUUCAAGAAGCCAAAUGAACCACCACUGUUCAAACAUCAAACUGUUUUAACAUUUCAAUACAUCUUAUCAGUAUCACAUCAGCGUCAAGUUGACUAUAUUUGAAGAAGAGAGAAAAGAGAGCGCGUGGUGAGCUUACAAAAGGUAGGGGAGACAGUGGGUGGAAACAACCUGUGAUCCACCAGUAACCAAUCAUGACACUGUGUGCUCCAUGCUGGCUUCCAACACUCCUUGUGGUGAUGCUGGUGGCAACACAUCCUAGCUACCCUCACCACCGUGGUAACUACAGCUAUGAACCACUACUCUCUCACCACCACCACACUACCAAGAAGGCGAGCACCAGCAGUAACAACACAGAGACGACCAUCAGUGUGUUGGUGUGGUCAGGACUGGAAGGCUGGGGCUUCACGCUUGAUGGCUGCCUCUAUCAGCAACACCGGCGUCAUAAUGAAAACCACCACCAGCAGGUCACCUGCAACAAUGCUCCACUAUUCACCUUGGGGUUCACCUUACUACAUGGUGAUGCCCGUACUCACUCAUCCACCUCCACGACCACCCAGCAGGGCAUUACCCUCUCCAUCCUCCACCAAAGGACAUCUUCACUCAUCUUCCACAAGGUGUUCCCGCUGGAGGAGUACUGGGCUCACUAUAUGGAUCUAGAGUGGCACCUGGAGAGAGUGUCAGCAGGGCGGGUGGUAGUGAUGAGUGUGGCAGUGGGUGGCACUGUGGGUGUACGUUAUGCCGCCCACCACCUGACACAGCUGGGUUCCCUGCUGGCUCACCACCUGACACCAGCGACACACUGGACGUGGACCUUCAUCAAGGGUGGAAGAACUUUCUCAGAGACGGCUGUGCUCAGGGGCACUGCCCCCCACCACACUCACACCAUCCUUCCCCUCUCACACCUCCCACCACCUAACACCCAGACUAGUAGCCUGGAGGCUCACCGCUGGCACUACUGUGACACUCACGGUGCCAUGGGAGGCCUUUGUGACGAGUUCUCCCCAGACCCGCUUCCCUGGCCCUCCCCGCCGCCGGUAACACAGCAGAGCGCCCUGGCGGGGGUGCCAGUGGUGAUGACGGCAGGUCAGAGGUACCAGUACCUCUACUACAGCCUCACCGCCCUGCUGGCCGCUCCGGGGGCACAACACAACAACAUUAUGGUGGUAGUGGGUGACGCACCACCCGCCACCAUACAGCUGCUGCGUUUACUGAACGUCACCUUCACCACACUCCCCCUCCCGCAGCAGCACAACGAGCACCUCUUCAGGUAUUAUGGAGGCGUCUUCCAGCUGCUAGCCGCCACCUUUCCCGACGCCUGGGCUGCCAUCGUUAUCGAGGAAGAUGUACAAGUCUCGCCAGACUUCUUCUCUUAUAUGAGCCAGACGCUGUGGCUACUGCAGGCUGACCCCACACUUUACUGCGUCAACGCCUACGGCAGCACCAAGGACUUAUCCCACCACGCUAGCAGAAUAUAUCGCGGCGAGAACCAGGUGUCUUGGGGCUACGCCAUCACGCUAGAUUUCGUGCGCGAAGCGCUGAGAGCGUGGCGGAGGCCGGAACUAGCCACGGGGUCACUGCAGUACGACUACUGGCUCUACAAGAACGUGGCUGGCGGCCGAGAGUGCAUCUUCCCAGACGUGAGUCGUACUAGACACUUCGGGAUGGGCGUCAACACAGUGCCAUGGAUCGCUGAGAUGUUCUUCCUGCUCAACCCAGUGGUGGAAGACAGCGAGGUAGUGUUGGAAGGGGUAAAGGAGGUGCAGCUGCCACACUGGAGGAAGAAACUAGCUGCCAGCAUUAUGGCUGCCACCCCCAUCUUCCAGCACAACCCAUGCAGCAGCCUCCUGCCCACGCCCCCCCAACCUACCACCUACGUCAUCUACCUCAACAUGACCAAGAAGGUCGAUGGUUCCCCCGACAUACAAGACUACUUCCCAGUGGCACACUGUCUGGGAGCCUGGGGCUUCUCCCACAUGGGUCUCCACCAGGGGGUCAGAAUUCUUCAACUCUCCCCCACUACCACCAUCUACCUCGUGGGCGUACCUUACUCCCCGUACGCCCAUCUUCGCCCACCUCACGUGCCCGUGUGGUCCAGGGCGGCACUCAACCGCGCUGAGAGAGAGGCACUGGCAGAGCGCAUACUGAACAAGAAUCCUCUCACUAUAGCCAACGCCGAUCUUACUGACCUUAAGGUUAUGAAUUACCUAUCACAACUACAUCAGCGGUAACAAGCAACUCUUCAUGGCAAGUCAUGGUCCCUUCCCAGCAGUUACAGAGCGCGUCUGGAGAUUGCCAGACGGAGAAUCGAGACUCCGCCACUAUUUGUGAUGAGCCACACGAGUUUAAAACCUCACAGAGUGACAGUAUAAUGUAUAAAACAUUGACAACACGGAGAGAUCACAGGGCGGUGGUAGCAAGUCAGCACCACACCGAUCAAGACUACAACAUAAAAGACCACUCAAAUUGUGGCGACUUCAAUCUUGUACAAGUACACGCCACCACAGCACCAACACACAUACAAAAACAGAUGUGUACUCUGAUUAUAAGUCACAAUUUAUAAAGCCACUGUGAGUAAAAUAUCUGCAGUUGUUAAGUUACUCUUAUUCCAACUUCUACUGAGCAGACGUUGGAUCAAGCCUCCUCCACGUCCUGAGCUGAAUAAGCCACGUGGGUUUAGCGCACAACAUGAGUUUUACUUUUUUCCACCUAUAUAUACUGAAAUGAUUUACAAUUAUAUUAUUAUCACAUCUAUCAUAGCUAAAAUGAAGGUGAAUUCCUGCAUAAUAAUGAUUUUGAGACAAAAUUUACCAAAACCUUUUAAAUAAUUCUGUAUAAAUUACACACACAAUGUAUCUAUAUCCAUACAUUAGGGGUUAAGUGGUGUAAGAAGUGUUGGUGGGAGCAAACCAACGACCUCUAACUGAACCUCGUCACCUCAGGACAUUAUAAAAUCUUAUCACAACCAAACUAAGUUAACUUUAUAAAUUAUGAAAAACUAAACACUGAAGACGGGCCACCAGCAGCAUAAGUCUCUUCCUGCAGCUACAAGUAGGUAAUCACGAGCGUCAAGGUAAGCAAUUAGGUCUCAAGGUAAAAUAAAUUUCAGAGUAUACCACUCUUUGUCGAGCAACAAAACAACGCAGUAAAAAGCUAUGUUGAGA